AUGAAAUCAACAAUUUUGUUCUUGUUUGCUGUUUUCUUCACAAUCAACAUUAAUGGAGCCGAAUCGACAGUUGCAAACAUAACGGGCCACCUAACCUGCAAUAUCGAUGGGCCAAAAACUAUAUUCACUUAUUAUAUGUAUGUAAUUAAUGUCGAUGAAAACAAUUCCAAUAAUACUCAUUAUAUUACUCGAAUCUGGAAUUUUGGAACCGGAACUAGCAUAUUCAACAGUGAGAGAACAGUGGAAAACAAAGGUGGUUCUGAAAAAGUGAGUUAAACGUGAAAUGUGUCAUGUGGUAUCUUAUUCUUGUUUUCAGACUGUUUAUGAUGUAUGGGUUCGGGUUGCACAUUCAUGCCAUAAUAUCGUCCAAGACGAGACUGGCUUUCAAGUAGCAUGUUUUAACAAAUUUGUGGGAAAAUUUGAUUAUAAUCUUGAUAUCGUGAAUAUGGAUAUUCAACUCAAUCUUCCCGAUGAGAAAUUCGUGCCUUGUCUUAAACCUUAA